CAACACCUGCCAUAUAAGAUAAAUAAAACAAUACCAGGACAUAUACCUAAAUGGUUUAGUACCUUAAACAAUAUACUUCAGGACCCAGCAACACCUUUUAUCUCAACAAUCAAUCCAAAUCCAUUUAUAAUAAACAAUAUAGUGCCUACCCACGGGUCAUGGAUACUUUGUAAACUCAAUAACCAAGCUAUAAUAGAUUAUGUAACAAAAACAAAUAUGCUAAAUAAUCAGCUACAAAUCACACAUUGGCUACUACCUUCACCAACUGCAAAUACUAAUAACACAUUAUUAACUAAAUGUAAAUUAUGCAUUUAUACAAAGACUAUAAACACAUAUCAACACUGUACUAUGGUUCUUUUAACUACCCAAUGUAUUACCAUUAAGGUAACUAGUACAAAACAACUCUGUACAGAUAUUGAUGAUCUGUUACAACACCACCCAAAGCUUAAUCCAUCUAAGAAAAAAUAUAUAUACCAACCAAUUAAGAACAAGAUAGCAUCUGCCCCAACUACCUCUAACAACUUACUAGACCAACUAUUUAUCACAGAUACUGCUUUACCACACCUCUCUCAUCUUAGCCAAAUUAACUCUCAAACAAAAAACCUACAGAUAUACUUAUAUGCCAACACAUCAAACCUAAAUACUUUAGAUAGUCAAGCAAACUUUGCUUGGACACUUUCACCAACCAAUAUCUCUUUUUCAGCCACAAUAAUAUACUGGCCAUCCACUACUAGAGCAUAUCUAAUUGGAGUUAUAUCAAUCCUCUUAAUUGCUUCUCUAAACAGCAAGAUCAAUAUACUUACUCCUCACAAGCCAACUAUAAAUUAUGUUAAUUCAGUUAUUCAAUAUUUAUACAAUCUCAACCUUCUUAUCCAGAAACACAAUUACUGGCCUCUCAAGCAGCUUAUUCAAACUAUAAUUGCUCGAAAGCGCCUAACUAUCAAGUUUACCCACAUAGAUCACAGGACAAACCACCCACUCUUUCAAAAAACCAUACAACUAGCAGCUUUGCCACAGCUGCACAAAAUUAAAUUAGUGCUAUUUACAUUAGACAACAACAACUUUUAUCUUACAUGGAACAAUGUACCAGUAGAACAUAAAACUCAUCAUUUUAUUUGA